UUCGCACUUGCAAACUGGACUUUCCUCGAUGCUGCCAUCUUAUAUACGCAUGCACACCCGCCUUACGAGGAUCCUCAAAUUUCCCCUCCCGUGCAUGUGCAGUUCGUUGAUUGGGUGCCGGGCAUCUUCUCGCUCCUUGGCAUGCUCAUCAUCAACUCGAUGGACAAGGAUAGGAUUAGAGGGGAUGAUUAUGGAGACUCCGCGGCCGUGUGGCGC